CAUCUUCAACAAACGCCUUAAAAAAGGCGCUCUCUCUCUCUCUCUCUCUAAAAACUUCCAUGGCCCUCUCUAACAGUCUCCUCUGCUCUUCUUCUUCUUCACUCUCUCAAAUUCACUACGGAUAUAGGGAUUUCAAUAACUCUCCUCAAGUCUUUUCUCCGCCUGAACGGUCCUCUCUCGCUUUCUCUCCGAUUCGUAACAGGUUUUCCGAGCUCGGAAAUGGAAUGAUCGGUCUCUCCAAGAAAAAGAACAUUGUACAUGCUUCCGCCAAUGAUCUGAAUGCAUCAGCAAGUUCAACCUCAUUGAAACCUGAACAGGAUGCUGAUGGUGUUCCCAUUCCAGUCGUUCUGAUAGAUCAAGAUUCAGAUUCUGAAUCAACAAUCGUACAACUUAGCUUUGGAGAUCGUCUCGGAGCUCUUAUUGAUACUAUGAAUGCCCUGAAAGAUUUGGGGUUGGAUGUGGCAAAGGGAACUGUUCUCACUGAAGGACCAGUCAAACAAACUAAGUUUUUCAUUACACGAUUAGACUCUGGUCGCAAGGUUGAAGAUCCCGAUAUGCUAGAGAGAAUUCGACUUACCAUCAUCAACAAUCUUUUGAAGUACCAUCCAGAAUCUAGUGAGAGACUUGCUAUGGGUGAGGCUUUUGGAAUAAAAGCUCCAGAGAAAAAGCUUGAUGUUGAUAUUGCAACUCAUGUUCAUGUCAAAGAAGAUGGGCCUAAGAGGAGCUUGCUUUGUGUCGAGACAGCAGAUCGACCUGGAUUGCUUGUGGAAAUCAUCAAAAUCAUUGCUGAUGUUAAUAUUGAUGUUGAAUCCGCAGAGAUCGAGACAGAGGGAUUAAUUGCCAAAGACAAAUUCCAUGUCAGCUACGGAGGGGCAGCAUUGAACAGUUCCUUGUCACAGGUGCUGGUGAACUGUUUGCGUUACUACCUUCGGAGGCCGGAAACAGAUACUGAAAGCUAUUAGUCUUAAGGGUACGUAAACAUUCUUGAUUGUAAGCACCAUAUAACUUUUCUUGUACCACGUUGUCUUUGAGCUCAAAUCACCCGUGAAUUGCACGUUUCCAAAUAUUAGGUGAUCAUAUUCCAGGACGUUUGAACUUUGAAAAAGAUGCUUGUAACCCUGCUGCUGCUGAUCCCGAGAAAAAGGGAUUAAGCCAUUUACAAAGGAAAAACAUGGAAUGUUGAAGCCAA